AUGACAAGAUUAUUACAUGGCAGGGUACGUAAAUACUUUUGUUAAAUGAGUUUUAAAAUAUUGUUCCUAAAUUUAUAUUAUUCGUACAAAAACUGCAACACUAGUACAUCAUUAUAUUUUCAGAAAUCUUUUAGUCGGACGAAAACCGGUGAAUUGAUAUUCCAGGGGAAAAAAGAAAUGGUAUAGUUUAAAUAUUACAAGUAAACGUGUAACCAUAAAAUAUAAAAAUAUGAAAUUGUGUAGUUUUUUCUAGGUAUUUAAAUUGAGCAUUCUAAUGAAAGAAAUACUGAAGUUAAAAACGGUGUUGGAUGAAUUUGAAAAAGACCACUGCCGAAUCAAUCUGACCCGAGAAAUAUUCAACUCAAUUAACUUCGUAAGUGUGGAACGUGGGAGAAAUGUUUUCUUUUUUAUGCAAAAUUUAUACCUCAAAAAUUAGUCAAUAUUGAUAGAUUGAUACAUUAGGUAUGUAUAAAUAUAUUUUAUCAUACUAAUUUAUUAUAACUAUAGGAUGCCAAGGAAAAUAUCGGAGAUAACGCGAAGAAACAAUUGAUCGAGCAAUUGGAUGAACAAUACAACAUAAAAAAUAAAUUUGAGUUAAUUUGAUGAAAUACGUAUUGAUUUUUUUUUACAUAGGCACCUAAUUAUAUAUAUUUUAUUUAAAGUUAUCAAAUGUUAGAAGUAUUUAAGUAUCAAGUGAAAUUAGACACAGUGAACAAAGAAUGUGGUAUCAAUAAUUGACGACUAGAAAAAACAAUUUAAUUUUGACGAAUUUGACAGUUAGAGAAAACAGAAUCAGUAAGUCGUAUAAAUAUAUAAAACUAAAAAAUGUAAUUUUAUUCGUAUAUUGUAAAUGAUGAUUCAGUAUUAACUUAUCUUUAGUUUGUUUAUGGUGAAUCUGACAAGAAAAAGAGCCUGAAGAGGCUCAAAAUCGUUUGAAUGGUUUGAAAUCGGUUGUUGAUAUUCAAAUGAACGAGCUGAAUGAAAAAAAUAAACAGAUUGUUAAAAUAAAAUAAAAGUGAUUUAUAUUUUUGAAUUAACAUAUUAUUCGUUUAUUGGUUAAUUACAUGAGCACUAUUCACGAAAAAGAAUAUCAAAUAAUCCGAGCUAAGAACCUAUGCAAAGAAAAGGCAAAGUUGAUUAAAGAAUUCGAAAUUGAAUUUAAAUGUGUUAAAGUCUGUGCAAUGACCAUCGGAUGUACCUAUAUUUGAAUUUAUCAAAUAGACGUCAUUAUUAUUUUUUAUUUUUACUUUAGGAAUAUUUUAAUUAUAUAUAAUAGUGGAUUGGAUGACGUUAAACACCUGCCUACCGUGUUACAAACGGUUCAAGGACAAUUGGCCGCCCAGAAAAAAUUAAAAGUAGCUGUGGAAAAAAAUAUUGAAACUCUCAGUAAAAAAUUAAAAACACUAGUACAAAUUAAUUAA